UUUUUUUUUGCCCUUUUUGGCCGGAAGUUCUGAAGUUCUGAAGAUGAGGAACGAUGAGUUGUUGCUAACUGUCCCAGUGUGAUUGGAGGUGGACAUUAAAUUAUUGAGAAUAUCAACGUCUAAUGAGCCGAAAGAAGAAAGAGAAUAGCCAAAGUAAAAGAAGAUUUGAGAGGCAAACAGAAAGAAGGCUCGUUUUGCUGAAGCUUCUAGAGCUGUCUUCCCUCUUUUGAGACACUCGGCACCAAAAAGCACCGUCUGAUAGUGCAAUUCUAGAUUCGGUCGCAAGUCAACGUCAUCAACCUCGGUGUUCAGAUCGAAAUUUCACGCAAACUUAACUACCGCCUCUGUUAUUUUCAUUUUCUUCAUUUUGCACCUGCUCCCUUCUCUGCUCUUCUUCGCCGCCGGCCUCGUAUUGGGACUAGGAACUGAAAUUGGCGUACUUUGGUGGUCGCGCCUCGGUUUCUCUAACUUUGAGAGCUGCAGGAGAGACUCAUGUUUAGGACUUUUGUUCAGUUCAUAGUUCGGGUGACAUCACCAUUAGCCUGAAGAUAAAAGGGAAGAGAGAAAGAGGAUGAGGAACAAAUACAGGAAACCAACAAAUUUAUGUCGCAAUGCAGGGAGCAGAUUUUCUGCAUCUGCUGUGGUGUGGAGCUUGGUAGGAUGCAUUCUUUUGAUUCAUUUCUAUUCCAGUAUUCAUCAAAGAUAUAGGGAAGGUGGAGAGGUCCAAUUGCGAGUAAGCCGUCAUCCCCAACUCCGUGAACUUCAAGAAGUGGAGGAGGAGGAGAACAUCCGAAUUCCCCCACCAAGGGGAAAGAGGUCUCCUAGGGCAGCAAAACGCAGACCUAAGCGCACAACUACAGUGAUUGAUGAAUUCCUUGAUGAAAAUUCACAACUGAGACAUCUAUUUUUUCCUGGUCACAGAAGAGCUAUAGAUACAGCAAAUGCUGGGAAUGAGAGUUAUUAUUACUACCCUGGCAGAAUUUGGCUGGAUACAGACGGAAAUCCUAUUCAAGCCCACGGAGGUGGCAUUCUGUAUGAUAAGAAAUCGAGGACGUACUAUUGGUAUGGUGAGUACAAAGAUGGGCCCACUUACCGUGCUCACAAGAAAGGAGCUGCCCGGGUGGACGUUAUAGGAGUUGGCUGUUAUUCUUCCAAGGAUUUGUGGAGUUGGAAAAAUGAGGGUAUUGUAUUGGCGGCGGUGGAAACAAAUGAAACUCAUGAUCUGCACAAGUCCAAGGUGCUUGAGAGGCCAAAAGUGAUUUACAACGACAAAGCUGAAAAAUAUGUGAUGUGGAUGCACAUAGACGAUGCCAAUUAUACAAAAGCUGCUGUUGGGGUAGCAAUCAGUGAUGCUCCUGCUGGUCCUUUUGAUUAUCUUGGUAGCCAAAGGCCACAUGGAUAUGAAAGCAGGGAUAUGACAGUUUUCAAGGAUGAUGAUGGGAUGGCAUAUCUAAUAUACUCUUCAGUGGAAAAUAGUGAACUGCACAUUGGACCCUUAACUGAAGAUUAUCUUAAUGUGACUUCUGUCAUUAGAAGAAUUCUAGUGGGCCAGCACAGAGAAGCACCUGCUCUAUUCAAGCACCAGGGCACAUACUAUAUGAUCACAUCUGGCUGCACUGGGUGGGCCCCAAACGAGGCACUGGCUCAUGCUUCUGAGUCAAUAUUGGGGCCAUGGGAAACAAUGGGAAAUCCAUGCGUUGGAGGGAACAAAGUAUUUCGAUUGACCACUUUCUUUGCUCAGAGCACUUUUGUACUCCCUAUACCAGGAUAUCCUGGUUCAUUUAUUUUUAUGGCAGAUCGGUGGAAUCCUGCAGACCUAAGGGACUCAAGAUAUGUAUGGCUGCCUUUGAUUGUGGCAGGACCUGCUGAUCAACCUCUGGAGUACAAUUUUGAGUUCCCAUUAUGGUCAAGAGUUUCUAUCUUUUGGCACAGAAAAUGGAGGCUGCCUCUGGGAUGGAGGGGAUCCAUAUAAUGAGGUUGCUCUUUGUACAUUUGAAUAUUUGAUCAACUAUGUAGCCUGAGUCUGCAGCUCGCCGAGUUGCAUUGGUAAACCCUUGCUCAAAACUAAGAGUUCAGUCACACCAGGAGGACGCGGAUGCAGGACUAUAGUCUCAAGAACUAAGGUUAGCACAUUUCCUAAUUCACGUGUAUAUAUCGAGAAAAAUUGGCCAUUGACUGGAGUUCUCCCGGUAAUCAAGCUGUGUUUGUCUUGAUCUACCGAGUCCUAACUUACAGUGGUGUAAAAUGAUUCUUUCUUAUGUGCAAAAUUUAUUGACCUUUUUCUUUCCGAUUCUGAUAUACAUACAUGAAAUUGCUUUGCAUACGUGGAUAUAAUAUACUGAUUUCAUGUUAA